AUGGUUAUUACUAUUAGUUGUUACAUAAUAACUACGGUAGUCCAACGUGCUAACAGCAUGACUGUUUAUCUUAAGAGCAGGUUGCUGUCUUUACAAGGCCAUAAGAAGGCAGCUCUACAUGGAAAGAUAAAUCUUUUAUUGAGGCAUCCUAUUCAAGAUAGACAUCCAAAGAAACCUGCACGGACAAGAUUUGCUCCAUCGCCAACAGGAUUUUUACAUUUGGGCUCAUUGAGAACUGCAUUAUUCAACUAUUUGCUUGCCAAAAAAACUGGUGGUCAAUUCUUAUUAAGGUUAGAGGAUACCGAUCGGACUAGACUUGUGCCUGGUUCAGAACAAAACUUAUAUGAUUCCUUCAAAUGGUUGGGUAUCCAAUAUGAUGAAGGUCCUGGUGUCAAUGAAACUUACGGGCCCUAUCGUCAGAGUGAUAGGACAGAAAUCUAUAAGAAAUAUUCAGAUCAGCUAAUAAGUACCGGUCAUGCAUAUCGUUGUUUUUGUUCUAAAGAGAGGCUAAAAGGAUUAAGAGACUCUGCGAUGGCUCUUAAACCACCAACUAAUGUUACUUAUGAUCGGCAUUGCGCCAAGUUAAGUAAAGAGGAUAUCCGCAGCAAGAUUAAAAUGGGGGUUCCAUAUACUAUUAGACUAAAAUCGCCCGAAAUUUAUGAACCUUUCGAAGACUUAUUACACAAUGAGAUAAAUUUGCAACCGCAGAUAAACCCAAUCGAUGUCAGAUACGAUGACCCCAUAUUAAUCAAAUCGAGUGGUUUACCCACUUACCACUUUGCCCAUGUUAUUGACGACCAUUUGAUGGAAAUUACUCAUGUUAUAAGGGGACAAGAAUGGUUACCGGCAACUCCAAAGCAUAUUGUUUUGUACAAAGCAUUUGGGUGGAACCCUCCACAAUUUAUUCAUCUACCAUUAUUGGCUUCAACAAACAAUAAAAAGCUAAGCAAGCGAAAAGGUGAUACUAAUAUUCAGCAACUCAGGGAAAAAGGAAUACUCCCUGAAGCAUUAAUUAAUUUUUGUGUUUUAUUUGGUUGGGCACCACCAUCACCCGAAGACCCUGAUAGGAAACAAAGUUAUCGUUUCAGCUUAGCGGAGCUCGAAAAUUUAUUUAAUCUCAACCAUUUAACAAAGGGCAAUGCUAAACUUGAUGAGAGUCGAUUGUGGAAUUUUAAUAAAUACUACUUAACUAAGCGAUUGUCUGACAAAACCCAAUUUUCCGCAAUUGCUGGUCAGAUUUAUGAACUUCUCGGGAAAAAGUAUCCUAAUUUAACUUUAACCAAAGUGGAAGAACUGCUAAUGCUCUUAAAGGGCAAUCUCGCUACAAUUUACCAAUUUGAAUCAGAAUUUCACUAUCUAUUCACCAAACCAGAAUACACAAAUAAUCCCUACUCAGAGAAAUUUAUACUACAAUGUAAGCAAAAGGAAGCUAAUAAAAUCCUGCACCAUAUGGCAGAGAAACUCUCAAGUACUAACGUAACUGCCCUAAUUGAAGAGAUUUCGAAAACCGAAGAAAUACUUCUUAAGACAGUCUUUGAGUCUGUGAGAUUUGCACUUGCUGGUUCACGCCCUGGAUUGAAGGUACCUGUAAUUAUUUCUGUCUUGGGUGUUAAAGAAGCCAAGGAUAGAAUGUUAGAAGCAUCCGCAUAUUUGGAUCAUGUAUUAAAGAAUACAAAUUCCAAGGUUGAUAGCGGUAGUGAAUCAAAACUUGUAAAUAAAUAA